AUGCGCGUCCUCUGUCGCAGCGAGCUGCGCUGCGCCACCCACAGCGCGCGCGCUGGUAUCUCCAACGUACGCAAUACCGUCGUGUCCGCCGCGAACGUGGACGCGACCUCGGCGCCUCCCGUCGAGCCCGGAUCCCUCGUGCUCGUCGCGGGCGCCACGGGCGGAGUCGGGCAGAUCACGUGCGCCAAGCUCGUCGAAAGGGGCUACCGCGUGCGUGCGAUCGCCCGGAGCGCCGCCAAGGUCCAGGAGCGCCUCGGCGACCUCGCGGACCAGAUGGAGAUCGCCGAGGGCGAUCUGCGCGACGCCGCGUUUCUGUCAAAGUGCAUGGAGGGCGUCAGCGCCGUGAUUUGCUCCAUUGGGACGACGGCGUUUCCGUCGGCGCGCUGGGGCGACAACAAGGAGGACGGCCCCGAGCAGACGGACCUCGUCGCGGCCUCCGCGGUCAUCAACGCGACCCCGCCCGGCACCCGCUUUGUCUUCGUGACGUCGGCGGGCGUCGAACGCUACAAGCAGCUCGGGCCCUUCAUGAUCCUGAAUGCGUUCGGCGUCCUCAAGUACAAGGCGAUGUCCGAGGAGAAGCUCGUCGGCUCCGGCCUCCCCUACACCAUCUUCCGGCCCUCGCGGCUCACAGACGGGCCGUACACGAGCUACGACCUGAACACGCUCAUCAAGGGCAAGUCCGGGAGCCGCAAGGCCGUCGUGCUGUCCGGGCAGGACGACCUCCGCGGCGAGACGUCGCGCGUGGUCGUCGCCGAGGCCUGCGUGCGUGCGCUGACGCUGCCAGCGUCCACCGUCGGGCGCAAGUUCGCGAUCGAGUCGGUCGAGGGGGAGUCGCCGGCGACGGACGAGGCCUGGGAGAAGAAGUUCAGCGACGUGUGA